AUGCCUUUGAAUCCACUUUUUCCGAUUGCAAUUUUUUAUUUCAUUUGCUCCACGAUCUCGUUAUUUGGAAAUAUGAUCAUGAUUACUUGCUUUUUUCGAGAACGAAAAUUCAAUUCUCCAUGUCACUACAUGAUUACACUGACUUGUGCUGCAGAUAUGCUUCAUCUUUGUGGCCAUUUUGUUUUCAAUUUUCAGCUUUUUUAUGGUGGUCCCGGCUCACAAUCUCUCUGCUUCUGGCUCCUUCUUCCCUCAUCCAUCGGUCUCUGUCUCAGCAGUCCAUUACUCCUUUCCAUGGGAAUCGACCGAUUUCUAGCGUGUCAAUGCCCCAUUCUCUAUCGUCUUCUAUGUUCAAAACGCACAUUAUAUCUUCUCAUUCAGCUCACUUUUCCAAUUAUCUUCACAAUAUACAUCAACACUUUUAGUUUCCUUCAACGGGAUGCGAAUACUACUGUAAUAUGUCAAGUACCACUUGCAAUAUCCGGGAAUACAUUUGAAAAAUUCAAUAAAUGCGGACUAAUUAUCAAUAUUGGAGUAGUUCUCAUUUAUUUUAUCACCUAUCUGAAACUUAGAAAUCAAACUGCAUUAGUCUCCGGCCUAAAAUUUAUCUUCAAGUCAAUCUUGUAUACAGUAAUAUUUGUGAUUCUCGGAUGGUGUACUGUAACUAUUGUUAACAUUGCCAGCAUCCAUUUAGUGAAGGAUGUGGAUACCCGAAAUAUAUGUAUGAUAUAUGCCGGCAUGGGGCUUAAUGUUGCUUGUGCCAGCAAUGUGUUCGUUUUCUAUAUUAUUAAUUCGGAGUAUCGAACUGCAAUCCGAAAGCUGUUCGGGAUGAAGAGCGAGGUUAAACUGCAUACAACACUGUUUUUGAAUAGUCAUUUAACAAACAAAUAA